AUAUUUAUUUGGUAUUGUAUAGCCAUGGUGAACGUGUACGCGCUGAAGAAGACGUUGAGAAGUCUAGCAACCCCGUACUUCAUCCUGAACACCAUAGCCUCAUUCUUCCAUCCCUUACUCCGCUUCACUCCUGGCCUUUGCAACUGGGUGGGAGGCAACUGUACACUUGACUUUGUAGUACGAAUGUGAGAUCUACUUUUUCGUGAUAUGCGUGGUAGCGAUUAAAAAUCGGCGGUGCGUGAGCGUGGAGUCAUACCUCUCCACUCUGUUCGUGUUCGCCAAAGCUGGGGCUGCUAUUCUUUUCUACAAGAUGAGCAUUCAGCUGGCUAUUUGGUACACUAUCUUUUGUAUAGUUCUCAUGGUAACGGUGCGGACACCCAGUUUCGAGGAGUCCUCAGAGAUGAAGUAUUUUGUUGACAAUACCCUACCUGAGCAGCUUAAGAACGAUAAACACAGUAUAUGGGUUGUUGAGUUUUACACCACUUUUAGUCCACAUUGCAACGCUGUAAAACCUAUAUUUGGUGCCUUGAGCAGAGAGUAUACACAUGACUACAUGAAGUUUGGGAAAUGUGACGUGUUAAAGUCACACGGAGUUCCCGAAUCCUACGAUAUCAGCUCCUCCUGUCUCAGGACAGAACUCCCCGCAAUAAUCGUGUUUGAAGGAGGGGUCCCGGCCGCCAGGAUAAAGCAGACCAAUAACGGCAAACAGUAUCUUAUGAGCUACGAAAACUUGAAGAGAGAUCUUCAACUACAGGAGUUCUACGAGAAAGCUUUGGAGAAGUCCAAGAACAUGAAAUCUGCUGAGAGUAACAAGAAAACUGAAAAUAAGAAGAAGAAAUAAAAUCAUUUUUGUAGUCACUGCUCGAAUCAUGUCAAUAUGAAACUAACUUAUUUCGCAUUUGCAUUAUAUACAGAACAGGAUAUGUUCUACUUAGACAACUAGUACUAAAGUAUUUGUUUAAUAUUUUCACUUUUCAAUUAUUUAUACAGAAUUAACAAUCUAUUUAUACCACCGAUGAAUUAUGAAUCCCCGUAUGUAAAUUUAAACUGUUUUCACCCG